CCCGGGCUUAGAUCCAGAUAUUAUAACAUAGAGAUUUGAGAUUUCCACCCCAACUCGUUCUCGUCAAGUCCCCACCCCAUUUUCUCUCAAAUCGCAAACCCUCGCGCUCCUCCAAAACCCUAACUCAUCCAAGCUUAAUUCACCAAUGGCGGCAGCCAAUACCGCGAACGGAAACUCGGAUGUCAAGGUGAAGGAGGAAUUCUCUUCCACGCCGCAUCACGAGGAGGAGGAGGAGGAGGAGGAGGAGGAAGAGGAGGAAGUGGAAGAGGAGGAGGAGGAGGAGCCGAUGGAGACCGAAGAAUUAGGCGCCGUCGCGGAUUCAAUUCCGGCCGCUGAUAGUUCGGAUGAUGAUACGAAGAAAUGGCCAGGAUGGCCAGGCAACAGCGUCUUCAGGCUUAUUGUGCCGGUGCUGAAGGUCGGGGGUAUCAUUGGUCGAAAAGGAGAGCUUAUCAAGAAACUUUGCGAGGAGACACGCGCUCGUGUUCGCAUCCUUGAAGGGGCCAUCGGGACAAAUGAUCGUAUUGUUCUAAUAUCUGCUAGAGAAGAAUUAGACGCAGAAAUAUCACCUGCCAUGGAUGCAGUCCUUAGAAUUUUUAAACGUGUGAAUGGAUUAGAAGGGACGCAGGAUGGCACAGAUUCAUCAGCACCUGCAUCUACUACAUGCUCGGUUCGAUUAUUGGUGGCAUCUUCACAAGCUAUUAAUUUAAUCGGAAAGCAAGGUGUACUGAUCAAGUCAAUUCAGGAGAGUACUGGUGCAGUCAUACGUGUUCUAUCUGGAGAUGAACUUCCAUAUUACGCAACUGGGGAUGAGAGAGUUGUAGAUAUCCAUGGCGAGACUCCGAAGGUACUAAAAACACUUGAGGCCGUUUUGGGGCAUCUCCGGAAGUUUUUGGUUGAUCACAGCGUACUGCCUCUAUUCGAGAAAAUUCCAAAAAAUUCAGCUACUCAAGACCGUGAACCUGAAGAAUGGAGUAACAAGACACAGUCCUUGAUGCAUUCUUCCCAAGCCGUAAUUGGCAAUGACUAUGAGCUCCCUGGAAAGCGAAGUUCUCUAUACCAUGAUCAUGAACCUCAAGUGGAUUCUCAGUUUCAACGCAGUAGUCUUUCAUUAUAUGGGCAAGAUCCUUCGCUCUCUGCGUUGAGGUCAUCCGGGUCGGGCCUGGGUCGUAGUGGCGGUCCUUUAGUUACUCAGGUGACACAGACCAUGCAGAUACCAUUGUCAUACGCGGAGGACAUCAUUGGUAUUGGAGGGGGCAAUAUAGCAUAUAUUCGCCGUACGAGUGGGGCGGUUCUUACUGUUCAGGAAACUAGAGGAAUACCCGAUGAAAUUACCGUGGAAAUCAAAGGCAGCGCCUCCCAAGUACAAAUGGCACAACAGCUCAUUCAGGAAUUUAUUGCUGGACAUAAAGACCCAUUGCCGAGCAGCUAUGGAAGCCUUGAUACAGGCUUGAGAUCAUCUUAUUCUCAUCUCGGGAGGUCUGAUUAUUCAUCUUCACUCUCGGCAUCAUCGCUCAGCGGAUAUGGAGCUUCAGGACUUGGCAGCUACGGGAGCUACAGGUUUUAGAUUUUAUGGAUGGCUAGCUGAUUACUUGACUGCUUAUAAUGUUACUUUAUCCACUCGAAUGAUGCUCAUUGGAAUGUUCCUGUAAAAAAAAUUCGGAAAUGAGUGUUAUAUUUGACUGAAAUCUGCUGAGAACUCCGUGGUUUUCAUCAUCUGAACCCUCUUCUAGAUAUGAAUGUUCUUAUUUCUAGGUGUAUUAUGUAAUUUGGAUGUCUUUGCCUUGAACAUCUUUUUGAUCAAGUGAUUUCCUUA